AAAUAUAAAAUAAAUAAAAUAAGCAUAGCACGAACUAGGUUUUCUCCCGAGGCUGGCCGACACUGAAAUUGGUUCAGAAAACAUAACCUACCUACAUCCAUCAGAGGGGGAAAGUAUUCAUGGCGUCUAAGUUGGGGUUAGCCGGUGGCAUACCGGAGCGUCGAAUUCGACCCAUCUGGGAUGCCAUUGAUUCUCGCCAGCUCAAGAAUGCUCUCAAGCACUGCACCACUCUUCUCUCCAAAUACCCCAAUUCUCCAUAUGCUCUGGCACUUAAAGCUUUGGUUUUGGAAAGGAUGGGAAAAGCUGAAGAAGCAUUUUCGGUUUGCUUAAGUGCCAAAGAGCUUUUGUACACUAAUGACUCUGUCUUGAUUGAUGAUCUUACUCUCAGCACUCUACAGAUUGUUUUCCAGCGACUUGACCACUUGGAUAUCGCAACAAGUUGCUACGAGUAUGCUUGCGGAAAAUUUCCAAAUAACCUCGAUCUAAUGAUGGGUCUCUUCAACUGCUAUGUGCGUGAAUAUUCUUUCGUCAAGCAACAACAGAUAGCUAUUAAAAUGUACAAGAUUGUUGGUGAAGAAAGGUUCCUGCUUUGGGCAGUAUGCAGCAUUCAAUUGCAGGUUCUAUCCUUAGUUCCUACUCUUAUCUUUUUCAAUAGUUUUGUUCCACCACCAGAAAGAUAAUUCAGGUCUUGUUCCAUUUGUUUUCUAGCCUUCUUUCUUAAGUUCCUUUUAGGUGAAAAACUAAUUCUAAUCUUAUGCAUUAGAUGAAACUCAUUGGCAACUAUUUUCUUAUUUCUCACAAGUUGGAGUGGCUUCAGCAAGUCUAUCAAGUAAUCGACUACGCUUCGAUACCCAAUUAGCUAUGGUAUAUUAUAUGAAUCCUUCAUAGUCAUUCUGCUCUGUGCAAGGAUUGGUGUUAAGAGGAUUCAUUGUAGUUAGAUUUUUCUUACAUUGGUGGUUGAUCUACCACAUUUCUCUUCCUCCACUUGGGUUUGUGAUCAGCUAUGCUUUGCAAAGCUCACAUAUGCCUUGUUGAAUGACUUGUGAAAACGUGGAAAAAGUAACACAUUCACUCAUUCAGGUUUCGUAAUGUUAUGUAUCAAGGUCAAGUUUCCAAAUGGGUGAAUUUCAUAGCUGAUAUUAAGAACAAUGAUAAGAAGCAUUUAAGAAUGUUUGAAAAGUUUAAAUAAGCUUAAAUUUAUCACUUUGACUCUACCCUUUUUGAGUAAAUAUUGAUUCUUCUACCCCAAUAAUAUUUUUCAAAAAACUAUAACCUUUUCGUCAACACUCUGUCACCACCCAAAAAUCCCAAAGCCGUGAGGGAACCAACAUGUCUGGAAAGUUUCACAAGCUGUUUAGGAAGAAGAAAGAUAAUAAAUGAUAAAAGAGCUAGAAUCCGGUGCUAGUGAAAAAGAGCAAUUCACCAUGAACUUUGAAGAAUCUCCACUGCCUUUCGAGCAUGUAACACCUAGUAGAGUAAUAAUGGCUACAUCGGCUUUAAAAAUCCAAAAACUAGGUUACGUCAAUUGGGGAAAUGAUGAAUCAUGGUAUACAUGGUAUGGCUGAAAAUGUUUUCAAAGAGAAUAUUUUGGUUGAUGAAGUCAUUUGUGAAUAUUUUGAAUGGUGUCCUUGGAGAAUUUUUUUUUUCAAAUUCAAGAUAUUCAAAUAUUGAAAUAAUUUCAUCAACCAAAAUAUCAUCUCCGGUAACAUGUUCACAAUUUGAAUCCCUUGAAUAGUUGAAAUUAUCUUCUCGAAAAUGAAUUUUUUGAUAAGAGAAAAAACUAAUUCAGUCACUUAAGUGUGAAGUUCAUUUUCCAUUAUUCUCCUUAUAUACAAUACUAUAUCGUGAUAAUUACCACCGGGAGGGGGAGCGUUUGACCAUGAAAAGUUUUUACUUUUUUCCGAAGUUGAGAUAUGGAAAAACAUGUUUGACUAUAAAAUUUAGGAACUUUCUGAAUUCAACUUCAUUUUCAUGAAUUUGGAAAACACGUAAAAGCUAUUUUCACUCCAAAUCACUCACAAGAAUUAAAAAAAUACUCCAAUUUGUAUUCAUGGCCAAACACAACUCCAGUUUUUAAACAUUAUUUUUCACUUUGAAAACAAAAUAAAUGAUGUAAUAGUGGGGAAUUAGUAAAUGCUAGGUUAGAUUGUUACCCUUUUUCAAAAAUGAGUUAAUAACCACCAAAAUCACCAAAAAUUGACACCAAAUGCUCCCAAAAUCGAGAUAAGAAACCAAAAUCGAACUUGGAAUUAAAUUCUGUCCAAGUAUAUAAAAGAAUGUGAAUUUGGUCACUAACUUAGAUCCUUAUGCUAACCAACAUAUAUUUUGUACUUCUCUAAGUAGCUUUAGUUCCUAAACAGUGUCUCAAACCAAAUAAAGGUCUUAAGCAUCUAUGUUAUUGAGGUUCACAAAAAGUCAAAUUAUUAUCCACAAGUUAGAGGUGUGGUGUUGAAAUUUCUUCAUCAAUCUAACCUUUAACUUCAACCCCACUCAAUACUCAAUAUCCACCUGGGAUAGGAAACUCUUAACAAUUGGAGCUCCUUUCAUGAGCAGAAAAAAGCAUUGUAGAGACAAUGGGCGUCAUUGCCUAAGUCCUCUAUUGCUACCUAAAUCCAAAAUCUAAGUUACACUUUGCUCCUGACUAAUAUUUUUCAAUUGACAACCUCAUUAGUAAUAAAGUGGUUGCAUGUGGAGUACUAUUAAUUGUCAAGAAUGGGACAUAGAAGAACAUUUGGAGCUAAUGCAUAAAUUGGAGAAAAUUAAUCUAAUCACAUAAAUAGAGGAUACGGUGAAUAGGGAUGCAAUGUUAAAGGUAUUAAUUCACAAGAUUUGUGUGAGAAAUAACACAACAACAACAACAACAACAUACCCCGUGUAUUCCCGCAUAGUUGGGUCUGGGGAGGGUAGAGUGUACACAGACCAUACCACUACCUCAGGUGAAGUAGAGAGGCUGUUUCCGAUAGACCCUGGCUUAGGACCGAUAGUAGUAUAACAAACACAACAUAAAUGCAUAUAAACUAGUACAGUAUGCAAAAUAAACUAACACCUCUAGCUGCAAGAUAAUACUAUAGCCACAAGAUAAUACUAAAAACUAUAUUCGAAACAUAAUCACUUAAUACCACGAACAAGAAACUUCACACACAAAUAAAGAAUGCUCCCCUACAGUUAUUGACGAACUCCCACCCCUCAACCCUCUACCUUAAUUUUGUUCUUCACACCUUCCUAUCAAGUGUCAUGUCCUCCGUAAGAUGUAACUGCUCCCUCCCUGUGAUGCCUAGUCACCUCCUUCCAAUAUUUCUUCGGCUUACCUCUACCUUGCCUAAAGCCAUCCAUAGCUAGUACCUCACACCUCCACACUGGAGCAUCAGAGCCCCUCCUCAUUAUGUGGCCGAACCAACGUAACCUCACUUCUCGCAUCUUGUCCUCCACUGAAGCCACUCCCACCUUCUCUCGAAUAAUCUCAUUUCUCACCCUAUCUUUCCGUGUAUGGCCACAUAUCUAUCGCAACAUUCUCAUCUCCGCCACCUUUAACUUUUGGAUGUGGGAGUUCUUAACUGGCCAACACUUCGCUCCAUACAACAUAGCCGGUCAGACUGCCACUCUGUAGAAUUUGCCUUUAAGCUUCGGGGGCACCUUCUUAUCACAUAAAACUCCUGAAGCGAGCCUCCAUUUCAACCACCCUGCCCUAAUACGAUGUGUUUCGUCAAUCUCACGAUUGCCCUGAAUCAUAGACCCCAGAUACUUGAAACUCUCCCUCUUCUGAAUGGCCUGAGAGUCCAGCUUCACAACUACAUCAGCCUCCUGCAACACAUCACUAAACUUCACUCCAAGUAAGGUCUUGGUCCUGCUCAACCGAAAUCCUUUAGACUCUAGGGUCGUCUCUAAAACUCCAACUUAUCAUUAACUCCUCCUAGAGUGUCGUCAAUCAGUACCACAUUAUCAACAAAUAACAUACACCAAGGCACCUCCCUUUGAAUAUGUCGCGUCAAAACAUCCAUCACCAAGGCAAAUAAAAAAGAGCGAAGAGUCGAUCCCUGGUGUAACCCUAUCAAAAUCGAAAAGUGCUCCGAAUCUUCACCUACCAUCCUCACACGAGUCUUCGCGCCAUCAUACAUGUCUUGAAUCGACCUAGUGUUCGCCACGGGCACCUCCACAGAAUCUCCCUGGGAACUCUGUGAUAAGCCUUCUCAAGAUCAAUAAACACCAUGUGCAAGUCCUUCUUCCCUUCUUCCUCCCCCGAAACUGCUCCACUAAUCUCCUCACAAGGUGAAUAGCCUUAGUAGUCGAGCAAACUGCAUGAAACUGAAUUGAUUCUCGGAGUAGUCAUGGUCUUUCUCAGCCUCAACUCUACCACCCUUUCCCAAACCUUCAUAGUAUGACUCAACAACUUAAUACCUCUAUAGUUGUUGCAACUCUGGACGUCUCCUUUGUUCUUAUAUAAUGGAAUCAUCGUACUCCACCUCCACCCUUCAGGCAUUUUUGCCACCCUAAAAAUGAUGUUAGACAACCUUGUCAACUACUCCAAACUUGCCCCGCUGGUGCUCUUCCAAAAAUCCACUUGAAUCUCGUCUGGCCCCAUCGCUCUACCCCGACACAUCCUGCGAAUAGCCACCUUGACCUCCUCAACUUUGAUACGCCUACAAUAACCAUAAUCAUGACACUCCUCAGAUUAACGAGAAAAAUAUUAUUCAAUUAUGCAUCUACAUUAGUGCACCGCGACCCUAUUUAUAGACACUACAUUAUAGUUUUUUUCUAGUAGGAGUCUAUAUACUGUUCUUGUUCCUACUAUUCUAACACUACCCUCAAGCUGGUGCAUAUACGUCAUAUGUACCGAGCUUGUUAGUGAUUUAAUUAAUACAAGGACCAGUGGGGGAACUUGGUGAAGAUAUCUGAAAGAAAAUUGCUAAGGGGACGUUUAUUUGCAAGAAAAUUGCUAAGGGGACGUUUGGACAAACUCUGUUGCGAAGGAACAUACCAAAAAGGUGGUUGAAAAAGUAAUGUCAUAAAAAAGUUGAUCCAUUGCUGGAAAAUUGGUAUAAAUUGCAUGGGUCGUCUCAGAAUGAAGAGGCGGAUAGAUCUCGAACAAAAAAGUCAUCAAAAAGUUAGUUGAAAUAGGCUUACGCGUGUGAGCUGAUGACCUUUUGGGCGGCGCAUGGGAGGUCAAUUGCAAUGUGUGCUGGUUGGGUUUGGUCUUAGGAGACACCGGACCUCUUGGUGGUAUUGGUUUUCAAACAAAAUUGAUAAAAAGUGAAGCUACGUAAAUCAAAUCUUAAGGGGUCACAGGAAGGACUCACAACUCUGCAAAUCCAAUCGAAGGAGUCACCAUAAAGAUGUAAGGAACUAUGCAAAUAAAAUAUGAGGAGUCAUUGAAAAUAGUACGGUGCUACACAAAUCAAAUCUGAGAAGUCGCUAGAAAAAUGCACAAUGACUGUUUUUUUCUUUCUUGGAUGCUUCUCAAAUCAGUACUUCUCAGCAUGAUUGUUUUUUCAUUCAUAUAUUGGUGGCUCAAUUUCUGCUAACAUAGCCAUUGGUCAAACAAGCGGCUAUAUGAGUAAUCACGGCCCGCCUGCCACGGAAGCUUUUUUGACUCCCUACCAAACAGGCGGCUAUAUGAGUAAUCACGGCCCGCCUGCCACGGAAGCUUUUUUGACUCCCUACCAAUAUAGUAGGCCCCGAUAUCAUGUGAGAAACAAGGAGAAAAAUAUUCUUCAAUUAUGUAUCCACAUUCUUUACAGGUAAAUCGAUCGAUUGUUGGUUGUUGGAUUUAUGUAGUGAAAGUUGUUUCGAACGGCCAAAUUGAUUGUCUUAAGGCUCUCCUUGUUGGCGAAGGAACCGAAGGAUAUUUUUAGAUAUUUGGGCUUGAUUACCGUGAUACUUUUUCUUUAGUGGCUAAAAUCGCAUCUAUUCGUUUUUUUUCUAUCCGUGGUUGCUGUUCGACAUUGACCUCUUUAUCAGUUGGAUAUUAAGAUUGCUUUUCUACAUGGAGACCUUCAGGAGGUGGUUUAUAUAGAGCAAUCACCUGGUUUUGUUAGUGGGAGUGUAGUUUGAUGUGUCGAUUGCGCCGUCACUUUAUGAUCCAAAACAGUCAGCCUGGCUUGGAAAGUUUCUUGUACAGUAGUUCAGGAGUUUGGCAUGAUUCGUAGUGAAGUAGAUCAUUAUGUGUUUUAUCCACAUUCUGCUCCACUUCUAUGUAAUUUUUUUUGUGGUUUACGUUGAUGAUAUCACUAUUACUGACAAUGAUCAAGUUGGUAUCACUACUUUGAAGCAACAUCUUUUUCAGCAUUUCCAAAUUAAAGACCUCAGGCUGAAGUAUUUUCUAGGUAUUGAGGUUGUUCAGUCCAGAUCAGGUUUUGUUAUUUCUCAACGCAAGUAUGCCUUAAACAUUCUUGAGGAGUCGGGAAUGAUGGAAUGUAGACCUAUUGACACUCCUAUGAAUCCAAAUACCAAACUCCUGCCAAGACAGGGGGAACCACUUAGUGAACCUGGAUGAUAUGGGUGUAUGGUUGGUAAACUUGAAUUAUCUCACAGUGAUCAGACUUGAUGUUUCCUAUAUCCGUUUAGUGUUGUAAGUCAGUUUAUGGAUUCUCCAUAUGACAAUAUGACAGUUAUUGGGAUGCAGUUGUUCGCAUUCUGCGAUAUAUAAAGUCAUCUCUAGGUGAAAGGCUAGUCUUUGAGAAUCCAGGUCAUGAGCAGAUUGUUGGAUACACAAUCUCUGAUUGAGCAGGAUCACCUUGUGAUAGACGUUCUACUUUCGGAUAUAGUGUUUUAGUCGGUGGUAAUGUAGUGUCAUGGAAGAGUAAGAAAGAGUAAGAAACAGAGUGUGGUUGCUCGAUCUAGUGUAUAAGCAGAAUAUCGAGUAAUGACAGUAGCAAUUUGUGCGCUAGUUUGGAUCAAAUAGUUGUUGAGAGAACUAAAAUUUGAAGAAAUCGGUAAGAUGAAACUUGUGUGUGAUAAUUAAAGGCCCUUCAUAUCUGAUACAAAAACAACUUGGAUCGUAUAAAAAAGCAAGCCAAAAACAGUCCACAAACAAAGGGAAACUCAAGAGCAACACAAACGCAAUUCUCGGCUCCAACAAGGUGAAAAUGACUAACAAUAACAAGAGAUAAACAACAUUAUGAUAAGAAGAACAACACUAGGAUAACAACAAUCCAACGUUACAAGAUGUCAAGACUCAACAAAAACACACGGGUUCACUAGACAUCACAAACUAAGACAUGAAAUGUAAAGAUAGAAAGUGUGACAUACACUAUUACAAGGUUAAGAACCCAAAAAUGUAUUAAAUCUAAGGACCCCUAAGACUUACAAUAGCAACACCACACCCUUACGAA